AAGUGGACAGGAAUUUGACUAUUUUAUACUUUCAAUCUGCAAUUAUCAAUUGUUUUUAUGAUCUGCACAUAUUAUAGAAUAUAUAAUUGUACAAAAACAAUGCAUGGUUUUGAUGACAUUGCGAUAUAUAUAUAUAUUUUAAAAGAUGUUAUUCAAACAUAUGCGUGCAAAUGUUUUAAAUAUUUGCAUGCAAUAACCCAGAUCAAAACAAAGUGACACCACCCCUCCUGUAAUUGCAAAUUGCAAUUUCAGGUUGGAUGAGUUCAGCUACGCAGGGAAUGUCUGCAGAUAAUUAGAGAUAAGGAGACAAACUCACAGAGCACUGAGAUAUUGGAGCCUAGCUAGUGUUUCGCUCACUGUUUUGGAGCAAAGGCUCAGAAGGCGCUCGCUUGGUGGUCAUCAGUGGCUCACACACACCGACUGACCAUUUCGCAUUGGGAAACAGGUAAACGUUUUUAAGGCCACCUGCAGGGACAAGGAACCAACAGAGACAGAUGGCGCGUUUCGCUUAAUCGACUCAUUUGUUGGGACCAUUACCGGAGGAGCAUAAACCGGAGGGACGCACUAAGGACACGAGGAGAAGCCUCAUACGCAGCCCUCCUUACUUCAAGCACAGCGGGGGGCAGAGUCGACUGGACACUAGGUGCCCACUCUCUCCUCCAGUCAAGGAGUCCCUCCCAGUGUGUUUAUCAUUGGGGUGUAGAGCGCGGUAAUCCUCUUACUCCUGUCAACAGAGGCGGAGCGAUUCUUUUAUUGCGUAUACACUUUUCGCUCUUUGCUUAUCGGGUGUGCGCCUGUGUGUGUGCCUGUUGAGAGGGAGCAAUGCACGGGGCGCGUCGUGGUCGAAGUGCGCCAACUCAAAAAGUGGGAUGAAUUCUGGUGGAAUAGCAGUUUAAACAGAGUCCAGCAGUGGCAGCAGCGGCGGCGGCGGCAGCGGCAGCAGCAAGACGACCAGAUGCGACCGCGGCGAUGAAUCGUCUGCGGACCCUGAGCGUCGAGGCGGCGCUGCUUUUCCUGUCCGUCGCUCAGCUCAGCCAAGCCCUCAGGUGUGUGUGCCACCUGUGCACGAACCACACGUGCGAGACGGAACCGGCCGGGGCAUGCUGGAACUCGGUGACGCUGGUCAACGGCAAGGAGGAGCGGGUCAAGUCAUGCCUGACGCCGGCCCAGUACAGCGGGCAGAUGUUCUGCCAAGGCUCCCGCAACCUGUCCAAGAGGCACUGCUGCUUCACCGACUUCUGUAACAACGUGACGCUGCACCUGUACUCAGACAGGCCGUCGGCGGAGCCGGGCUGGGCCGGGCUGGAGCUGGCCCUGGUGGUGGUGGUGCCCUGCUGCCUGCUGUGUGUGGCCGGCCUGCUGGGGGUCCUGGCCCUCCAGAGCCAGCGCUGCUCCUACCGGAGGGCCAACAAGCAGGACCCAGAGGAGCCGCUGGAGGACCUGGUCAUGUCCCCCGACAAGUGUCUGAAGGAGCUCAUCUAUGACAUGAGCACGUCGGGAUCCGGCUCCGGGCUGCCGCUGCUGGUCCAGCGGACCAUCGCGAGGACCAUCGUGCUGCAGGAGUGCGUGGGGAAGGGCCGCUUCGGCGAGGUGUGGCGGGGGAAGUGGCGCGGCGAGGACGUGGCGGUGAAGAUCUUCUCGUCGCGGGAGGAGCGCUCCUGGUUCCGCGAGGCCGAGAUCUACCAGACCAUCAUGCUGCGGCACGAGAACAUCCUGGGCUUCAUCGCCGCCGACAACAAGGACAACGGGUCGUGGACCCAGCUGUGGCUGGUGUCGGAGUACCACGAGCACGGCUCCCUCUUCGACUACCUGAACCGCUACACGGUGUCUGUGGAGGCCAUGGUGCUGCUGGCCUCCUCCCUGGCCAGUGGCCUCGCCCACCUCCACAUGGAGAUCAUCGGCACGCAGGGGAAGCCGGCCAUCGCCCACCGAGACAUCAAGUCCAAGAACGUCCUGGUGAAGAAGAGCGGUGCCGCCGCCAUCGCCGACCUGGGCCUGGCCGUGAAGCACGACUCCAGCGCCGACACCGUCCACGUCCCCGCCAACCACCGCGUCGGCACCAAGAGGUACAUGUCCCCAGAGCUCCUGGACGACUCCAUCAACAUGGACAGCUUUGAGUCCUUUAAGAGGGCCGACAUCUACUCCCUGGGCCUCGUCUUCUGGGAACUGGCGCGCAGAUGUUCUGCCCAGGGGCUCAACGAAGACUUCCAGCUGCCUUACUACGACCUGGUGCCUACAGACCCGUCUGUGGAGGACAUGAGGAGGGUGGUCUGUGAGCAGAAGCUCCGCCCCAGCAUCCCCAACCAAUGGCAGAGCUGUGAGGCCCUGCGCGUGAUGGGGAAACUGAUGAGGGAGUGUUGCUACGGCAACGCGGCCGCGCGACUCACCGCGCUGCGGGUCAAGAAGACCAUCUCUCAGGUGACCGUACUCAAGGACGUCAAAGAUUAG